CCCCCCUCCGCAACGCCACAACACCCGCAACAUCCUCGACAGCCAACCCGCAACGCGUGUGUCCCUCGACGGCCGGGCGCAGCGUCUCUAGCGUGGGCGCGACCUGGCGGCGGGCCGAGACGAAUGUCGACACCAGGUUCAGGGCGCGGUGGGUCUUUUCGAGGUGGGUAAGGUAGGGCGGCCAGGAGGGGUUUGGGGAUGGGGUUGAUUUUGGUUUUGGUUUCGGUUUCGGUUUUGGUUUGGGGUUGGUGGAUCGUUUUUCGGGCGCUUUUUGGUUUUCGGUCGGGUUGGGUUUGGGUUUGGGGUUGGGUUUGGGUUUGGGUUCCUUGGAGGCUAAUGUGUUCGCUGUCGCUGUGUCUGUAUCGCUGCCCGCUUCAAGAGGUGGCGGUGGUGUGCUCUGCGGUGGGCAUCGACUCGGCUGGGCUUCAUCGGUUGUGCGCCCGCGCUUGCGCUUGCCGAGGCUCGCCCCCGUGGUAAUUGCAUCGUUGGUUAAGGGCAUGGUGUUUCCCUGCGUAGGUUGAUUGCACGAUGGGGGAUUCGCAUUGGGAGUUGGGGAGGGGAUUCUCUUCGAUGAAUGAUGGAAGAAGACGCGAUUGGGCGCGUUAAGUGGUUCGCGAAAGGGGCGGGAACGCACGUGGUGCCUGGACCAUGAACAAACGGUUUGCCCCACUGUAUCAGACAUGCUAACUUCGACAAGUGCUUUAUUCGACACGAUUGCGUUAAUAAGGAUACAGCUGUUUCCGUCGCCCG